AUGAACAGAAGUAUGAGUAUUGCUCAUUGGGGAAAUACCCAAGUUACGGGUAGAGGGCUUGUAGCUUUGGCUGGGGCAGGGCGCAUCUAUGAAAUCACCCUGAAAGAAGGAGAGGAAUUUGUCGCACAUCCCGGAAACGUCGUUGCAUACACAAUGAACCAACAUAAACCUCUCCCUUACCGUCUGAAAUCCUCGAUCCUACGAUUCCAGGUUCCAAGCUUAGGAUUCAGUAAGCUUUUGCCAGAUAUUAAGUUUUUCAGGGUCAUGCAACAGACAGAUUCAUGGAAAUUUGUCAAGAGGAUAGCUUUCACGCUGAGGACGGCGAUGAGGAGGACUAUUUGGGGGGAUAGGCUAUUCUUACAAUUCAGAGGGCCAACCACACUCCUAAUGUCUACAAGAGCAAUAAGGGUUAGCGACGUUUUGACGAAUAGAGAUAUUAACGAGAUUGCGGAUGCUCCACCGGGAGCCGUAACGGAAGCUAUUGAGUUGGCGAAGGAACCCAAAGCGGUCCCAAAAGAUACGAAGCAAAUCAAGGAUGUACCGACCGGAUUCCAUUUUGCGGAGGUUAAUAAAGAUGGGAAAGUGAAGUUUGAGGAUCCUCCUGUCAGGUCGUAA